AUGGAGACCAGUAUCUUCUGGAAGCUCAAGCCUCAACAGGCAAUUCCAAGCUUUGUUCCAUAUAUACCGGAGCAUCUCAGCUUUGGUCGAGUGGAUGGCUCUCUUUCUGAUAGUUUCAGCGGAUCGGCAUCGGCAUCGACGACGGAAGCUUGUUCCACGGAUGGCCCUCCUUCUCCGAAGCGCAAGAAAGAGACAUGUGUUUUCUCGUUUGCGGGUUCUUGCAAAGGAGUAAAAGAACCAGCGGAACGAAAUCCGUUUAGAAUCGCGCUGGAGGCCUCAAGACAGGGUCGACCCGUUUCGAAAGCCAUCGGGAAGCAAAUGACCCCAAACAAUCAAGGCAAAAGUCAAAGGGCGGCGUUCCCACUCCUUCACAAGCGAGUCUUCCCGAAGAUCAACUCGAUGUCUCUGUUGGAGGAAGAAGGAGGGGAUUCAAGUCGCUUUUGCGUGCCAAAAACGUCGAUGGCCAAGAAGAGACGUGUAGCACAUCCUGAGCAAAGCCCGUUUUCGCUGUAUGGGCAAGAGCUUUGCAUGGACUUAGAAGAAUGGGAAGAAGCAUCAAUUGAAACUGCGAGUUGUCUGCUCCAGAUUGCGGCAUACACCUGGGAUCCCAAGGGCACGACGCGGAAGAGCCCGUUGCGGUUUCAACGAUAG